CACCAUUGGAAAAUUCUAAAUGUAUCACUCAAAAGUCUUUCCGAAACUCGUUGCUCAAAAGUCGAUGCGUGUAAGUCUCUAGACAAAAAUUGGUGUUCGGUUUUAAGAGCGUUAACUACAAUAACUGAAGAUAAAAGUGAAAAUGUUUCAACUUGCUGCGAAGCAAAAGGUAUAUUGAAAAGUAUAAAAACCUUUAAAACAUCAUUUAUGCCAAUAUUUUAGGGAGAUAUAUUAGAACGGUUUAAUGCAUGUAGUUUCUUACCUACCGUCAAUUCAAAUUGAUUUGGGUAUUGUGGUAGAAAUUUACCAGUCAUUGAUAAGUUUUAUACAUGAUAUUCGGUGUAAUGACAUGUUUAAUGAUUACAAAACUCGAGCAAUUGAAAAAUAUGGCAUUUCAAGUUUAAAUACAAAUACUAAACGUAAAAAUUUUUUCGAUGAAGGCAACAGUGAAGAACAUGUCUUUGAUGAUGAAUUUGAACAUUUUUAAGUAAAUACUUAUUUUAUGAUAUAAGACCAGAUUAAAUCUGAUUUAGAAAAAAGGAAAAUUGCCUAUGACAAUUUAACUUUAAAAUAUAAUUUUUUUUUUAUCACUUGACAGAACUAACAUCUGCUGAAAUUAAAAAAAAAAUCUGAGUCAUUGCAAGAUAUAUACAAAAACGGUUUAGGAUCCUAAUUCUCUGUAGAAUGUGUUCAUUUUCAAAGCCACGUUAAAAGUUUAAAAAAACAAAAAUGAGUUUUUUCCAAAAAAAAUUUUAGAAUAGAGUCUUUAUAUAAGAAACAACAAUUUAGAUGGAGUGGGAGGGGCGCAAAAACUGUAAAUACGGGCCUAGUCAUUAAUCAAGAUUAAUACUAUCCUAUUUUAUAAUAAGUUGGACCAAAUCACACGUAUUGAAAAUUAUCUUAUCAAAAUCGGUUGAAUAGUUUCAAGGUGGAUCGUAUUUAUUAUCUAUUUCGGUAAUUUUUUUAAAUUAAUUAUAAUAUUAUAAUGCAUGUUAUGCAUUUUUAAUACAAAGCCUAACCUCUGAUUUUUCAUAAAAGAGCGUCGUUCAAUGAUAUUAUCCACUGGUAUACUUAUUUCCUGGUAAAUAUGUAACAGUGCAAGCCCACAUAAGCGAUACUGGCGCGUUUAUUUUGUAACUAGAAAUCAAUGUAAGAGACAACGGUCGAAUCGUCAAAACGAAAUGAUAACACCAGAAACCUUGACCCGGUUCGACCAUAGAUAAAAAAAAUAUUUUAAUAUCUAUGGAUUUGACUAUAUAAUCAUAAUAUUAUAAACUUCAUGAAAAAUAAUUUUAAAAACCCCAAAACAAAUAACAAUGCACACAUUUAAUCAGACAAAUUUAUCUAAUUGCUGCAUUGAGGAGGUAAUUUUUUAAUUUCUCUUGUAGUUUUUUUAAUAAUGGGGAAAAUAUGGAAUAUUUUCGUUAUAGCGGUUUCUGUUAUUUUCGAUUAUUUUUUUGUUGCGAUUCGAUUUUUGCCGAACAAUAUGCAUAAAGGGUGAUUCACUAAGCGUACUCACCCCAUUUUUUUUUUUUUGUUAAAUUUUGUAUAUAUUCAAAUUCUAAUUUGUAGAAUUUUUGAGUGUAGUUAAUGCCGAUAAUUUCGAAUACUUAGAUUUUUCACAACAUUUAAGGAGUAUUCUAUAACGAUACCAACUUUGGUUUUUCAAAUGCUAACCUAUAUUAAAAAUUCCAUAAAUAGAUGGAGUAUUACAGAGUUGGUAUUGCGGCAGAAUACUCUUUAAAUGUUAAGAAAAAUCUAAGUAUUCGAAAAUAUAGAAAAUUAACUACAUUUAAAAAAUUCCACAAAUCAGAAUUAGAAUAUACACAAAAUUUAACCGAAAAACUGGGAUAAGCACGCUUUGUCAAUAAUUCCAGUGGCGUAACUGGAAUUUUUUUUAGCAGGGUGUUCUUAUUUUGUGUUUAGAUGUAAUUUUGUAACUUUAUUGUGCGCAUGUAACACACAUAACAUACUUAAUAAUUAUCUGUGUGUUACACAACACAACGUGUAGAUAAUGAAUAACUGUAUGUAGUGAAAAUUAUAAUUUUUGACGGUGGGGGGGGGGGUGUUUUGGUGUUCAAACAGCCCUCACCCCUCGCUACGCCACUCUGAAUCAUUCUGUAUGUGUAAAUAUUUUAUUACUUUAUAGACGUGGUACAAUUUUCGAAAUAUUCAACUGUAAGUACAUACUACAUUUAAUGUUACUGUGUUAUUUAUAUAACAAUUAUUUAAUUAUUUAGUAUACCAUACUCGCUCAAACAUUAUGUAUGCACACUGUACAUUCAUAUUCAUCUAAAGCCGCAAUAUCGUUUUUCAGUUGAACACUUUUCGCUUUUUAGUUGGAAUAUGAAAAUGUGGUAAAACAAAGUAAUAACAAUAAUAAUAUUAUCAACCUGAAUAAUUGAGAGUAGUCAUAAACAUAAUGUGUUUAAAAAAGUCACCUCCGAAAAAAAUUUCGCUUGGGGCGAUCAUCCAGCGUUCAAUCCAGGUAUACUCUAGGGGGGGGGGGAAAUGCCUCUUCUAGAAUUUUAUUCGCCCCUCCCCUCUCCUAAAAAAUACAAUAACUGUAAACAAAAUGUAUUUAUUAAAUGUACAGUACUCGUUACUCUUUCCAAUUUAAAUCGAAAUGAGCAAAAAUAGUGAGCCCUUCCCAGAGAAAUUCUCUGAAUUCCACACUACGAUCACCCUCAACCUACCAACCGCCCUAAAUUCGUCAAGCAAUAAUGCCAAUAACUGCCACUAUUGUUGAUAUAUAUACAUCGUGUAUAAUUUAUCCUCGAGUUCCGGAGUAACACACAUAGGAUAUGAUUUAUUGCGAAACAUCGUCGUUUUUUCCGCCGGUUUCCUGUGCGGACGUCGCGGUCGGUCGGGAUAACGAUACAUUUAUAAAAACGUUGUUUGGCCGACCGAGUCGACCUUCCAAUAUGGUGCGGCUAUCGCGGAACGAGCGAAUCAUCUUGACCCGUCUACGCGUCCGUCGUGCGUCGGGUGGCAGACCGGUUUGUGACGGCUCGCGUUCGCGAUAUUUCUUUGGAGCUGUAACCACCACGCGGAUUUGCCUUCCGGCGAAGUGCCCUCCGCUCGCGUAGCGUUCAUUUUCGUGCGUGUGGUUUUGGUAACGGGUCCCGUUCACCGACCAUACCCAUUUUAGAACAUAAGAUUGGUACUUGAAUGCCGAACCUGCGUCUAACUUAUAUAACUAUUAUCAAACCGGUAUGGCUGGUAUAAUAAUUCGUUAUCUGUGCAUUUCUAUGCGUAUAUUAGGUAGAUAUCAUUAUAUUAUUAUAUUAUUACAAUAAUGAUAAUUAUACAUAAUCCGGGGCCUAUAUUUUUCGUGUUGCAGUUUGUAACAUAUACAUUUUGCAGUUGCAAAAUACAAGCGUGAGCACUCGUUGCAAAUUAUCGCGUCAUGUUGUUGGACGCAAAAGUAAAAGUUUUUUAAAAAUAUAUUGUCAAUUUAUCAUAAAGUAUAUAGUAUUAUGAUGUGCCAUUUUUGUUUAAUGUAUAACGGCCGUAUCUAAAAUAGUAAAUCUAAAAUGUAUUAUGUACCGACUUGUAAACAAUGUUAAAAAUGUCUAAAAACAAUCAAUAGAGAUUUAAUCAUAAUAUACCGUUUUCGAGUUUAUUGACGUGCAAUGGAAAUUUGAAAGUGCAACAUUUUCAUAUAACUAAGUUUUAUAAAAAAAAAAAAAAAAAAUAAGAAAAUAUAUCUAUUCUGGUUUAUUCAUGCCAUAAAUCAGUAAAGUUAUUAUAAUUUUUUUUUUUAAUAUCAGAAACACGGUUCAUUUGCAUCAAUGUUUACAUCAGCGAUGCAAAUCAUCAAGACAUUAGUUGUGCGGUUAGUGCCAUUAAAUAGAUUAUGAUACAUGAUAUACUAAACCAAUUCAUCAGGUUUAAAUCUUUUAGCCUUCGGUGCAAAUAGUACAUUAAAUCAAAAAUGCUAUUAUUAACUUAUCUCCCCUUUAACUCUUCUCAUUCCACUCUUUAUUCUUGCUCACUCUCAUUUAUAUUAUGAUCAAGCCCUAAUCCGGGAGAUCAUGUUUCUCGGGCCCACAGAUAUAAAGGAUCCAUUGUGUCAUUAAUUAUUCAUUCAACGGUCAUUAAAAAUUAUUAUAAAAUUAAUAUUAGAGGACACAUUUUCAAGUUUAAAUCCGGUAUUUAUCGAACCCUGAAUGUGGUCUUGGCUAUAAUUAUAUACGCAGUAGGUAGCAAACAUUAUUUUUAAAAUCCUUGAUGCUGUUAUAGUAAAAUCAUAUUUUAAUAAUAUAGUACAUGGUUAUGAUGGAUAUCGACUAUCGUAUACAAUGUACAUGAUACAUUAUAUUUAUAAUUAAGGCAAAAUAAUAGCCUCAAUAAAAUAAUGAACUAUUUUGGAUUGUUCUUUUAAUGGUUGAAAUAUACAAUAGAAUAUUUUGAUUUUAUAUUAAAUUAUUUGGCUGAAGCUAUUUUCUGAAAAUUAGGAAAUCUGAAUAGAUUUUCUUUGAUAUCUAAAAUAGUUUUUAAGCCGUUUAAGUACGUGUACUUGGGUUAUUAUUAUUGCUUUGAAGAGAAAAUAAAAAUAACAUUUUAAAUAAGUUGAAUAUUUUUUUUAAAUAAUUGUUUAGAUCUUUUAAUUGAUACUAUUUCGUUGUCUAAGUAUUGGAAAAUAGCGGAUAUUUUAAUGAUUCAAAAAUUAUUUGAGAAGAUACCUAUAUGUUGCCUAUAGUGUAUGUUAUUGCAUCUAAUUAUCGAACCUAACCACUCUUUUUACCCAUUUAGUCUAACUAUACACAAUUAUGUUCUCCAUCGGCUCUAUUGAAUGAUUGGUCGCACGUGGUAAAGAUAAAUCUAAAAAUAUUUCAUAUAGUUUGAUACCUAACUCUAGCAGCUUUUAAUAAAAUAUUUACCUGUUUACAUUUUUUAGCAGUAUUAAACUAUUUGAUUAUCAAUAGUAGAAUUAUUCCAUAUAGUUAUUCAUAUUUCAUUUCUUAUACAUUCGCAAAUACUUUACGAUACCAUGACGGAAAAACAUGUGUAGAUUAAUAUUAUGUUUGGGAUUAACAACAUAAUGGUUCGUUCGGUUUUUCACUGUUAUUCAUAAAGGUAAACUCAAUAAAUAAAAGUCGUGUGACAUAAAAAAAAGAGCUGAUACUGGAGACGGACGCAACCACUGUUGUAGGCGGGUAGUUGGAAAGGUAUAGGAUACAUAAAGUUAUUUAUUCUAUCUACCCGUAAGUAACGAUAAACCAUUGCUUAUCAUGCAUUAUAUACAGAGUGUCACUCGAAAAUAUUUUCAUUGGGAUAUCUUGGAACGUAUUAACUUUUCAUAAUUUCUUUUUUUACAAUAUAAGAAAUAAGUAGCUCUUAAAUGUCAUAUUAUCAUUAUUUUGAGUCACUCUUAUUUUUUGGGGUGAACCGAUUAUCUAAUUUUAAUUUUCAAAUAGCAAUUUAUAAUAAUAUUCCAUAAAUAAACGGAGUACUAGUAUAAACACAUUUUGGUGUUAACAAAUUAUUUGAUUUCCGUAGGCCCGUUGACGAAGUAUUCCACUUUUAAGUUUGGGUAGGGAAGAGUAGCGAGUACCUAUUAUUCAGACGUCACGCACUAUGAUGUCAUACAAAUAAUGCUCCACUACUCCCUAUCCACCCCCUAUCCAAACUUUAAAGUGGAAUACCUCGUCAACAGGUAUAGGGAAAUCAAAAAUGUCAACAUAAAAUUGUAUUUUUUAAUAUAAUAAUAAUCAGAAAUUUAUAUUACUGGUAGGUAUUGAAUUUUGAAAAUGUAAUUAGUAAUUACUCAUGUUACAUCAUGCUAUCAUUGCUGUAUUCUAUACUGAGGCUUAUUUGUGGUAUAAAAUUGUACAUAAUUAUGAAAACGGAAUUGGUUUUAUUUUAUCACUUUUAGCAUUAUGCAAGAAAUAUUUUGUUAUUGAAUCCUUGACACACGUAAACGAGUUGAUAUUGAUCAUACAUAAUACAUUAAUAUACCUAUUUACUGCAUAGAGAAAACGGGUUAAAACUUAUACAUCCUGUGUAGGCAAUGAAUAAUGAUUAUUUUAAUGACAUCAUGUAUAAGUAAAUAAAUAUAUUUUGUACAGGUUAUGAUCGAAUUAAUACAAUGUUUCACAUUUGCGUUUAAUAAUAAAUUCACCGAUUUGACCAUUGGAACGAGGUAUUGCUAGAUUGAUUAUAUACAUAGGUAGCUAUUAUAGUACUUAUUUAUAAAACAUUGCAUUUUUUCCGGAAUAAUUUCUAGUCACUUUUUCUUCUACCUUUUCCUCGAUUUCUAUCUAUCUACACCAAUAUCCAUCUUCUUAAGCAUCUCAUAAUUUCUCCCCUCUCAACAUGUUCCUAUCGUCUCAAUAUUCUCUCUCAUUUUUCAUUUUUCAAAAGGCCUAACUGCUGUUUAUCUAUAUGCAAUAAGCCUAAAAAACAGUAAGCGGAUUGAGAAAAGUAGUUCGCAAACGGACUACCUCAUUGCAAAGACCCUAGCCUUUUCGCAAAAAGAAUAAUUUUCCAUAUGGCCUACGAAAUAUAUAUAGUACCUAUUUAAUUAUUAUUAUUAAAGUUUUUUGGUUUUAUGUACCUCGGUAAAAAUGUUGUUAUUUAUUCUUAUCAGCAUUCUAAGUAAAAAUACAAACAAUAUGUAUUUAUUAUAUAGUUCCAAAUGAAUAUAAUUGUUGGUGGCCUAACAUAAUCUAUAACAAAAUACUUAUGAGUAUCUUACUAUUACAAAACAAUUUUGGGUGGGAGAGACUAAAAUAUGUUACUAUUAAAUAAUUUCGUGUGUUAUAAAUAUUUGUAAUACUAUCAAAUAUUGUUACAGGGACACCGUGUUACCGUGUAUAAUUCACACAAUUCAUAUUGAAUGUAAUUUUUACUUAUCAAAUUAAUGUCAAAAAUUACUAAUUCUUAGUUUGUUUUUACUUACGCUGUUUUCAUAAUUUUCUAAAUAUAGAUUCAUUUAAAUAAUCAUUGAUAGUUACCCAAAACUUAAUAAAUAAUAAUUAAAUAAGUGAAUAGCUGGUUUUGCUGUGAGUAGUAUAAAAGUGACCUAUUUUUACCUAUACUUAUAGUUAUUUUUAAUAUUGAGUGGAGAAAUUUAAAUAAUAGCAUUAGGUUAAACGAUACUUAAACGAUUAAACGAUACUUAAUGCUUUUAUAUGAAAUUUAUUUUUGUGUGCAAAAUAAGUCACUUUUAUAUUUGUAUACAUUAUAGGAACAUAAUAUUUUUAUUUUAGUGUACACCAAGAAUAAAAACGAGUUAUUGUAGUUUUCAAUAGUAGCUAUUUAGUAAGGCCAGUAACAAUGAUUGUUGUACAGAUAUUAUUGUGAACACUAAAUAGGAAGGUAUAUAUAAAUUGUAUAAAUCACUAAAUGAGCUUUACUCCUAUACUUGAAACCAAACGCCUUUCCCAUUCGUGGCCCUGGAUGACAUACCUAUUAAAUUUAUCCUGCGUAAAUUAAGAAGUAAAAAAGAAAUAGUAAAAUAUUUUUUUAAAUCUAAUUUUUAAUUAUAACCAAUACCAAUUAAUUUUUAAAAGGUUUAUCUGUUAUCCCACAACAACUAUUAUUUUCAAAUUUCAAUUUACCCUUUCAAUCUUUUUUGUUAUUCUUAUCUACUAGUUAUAGUUUUCUAUAGUCGUUCAUAUUAGGAAAAUUAUUCUCCUUAGUUUGUGUUUGCUUAAUUUAGUAGUUUUUAUUCUUUCAAAUAUUUACAUUUAUAAUGUAUUUAGAUAAACUUUCUCUGUCAGUUCAAACAUAGCCACAUAGGAAACCAAUAAAAUCAAUUAUUAAUAAUAGUUAUUCACGUCCAUUGAAUUAUGUAAAAGACACUGUAGGUGUAGUUAUACCAAGUAAAACAAUUAUUAUUUGUUUAUAAAUAAUUACUUUUAAACAAUUCUAGUAAAAACAGUGUACCGAUUUCAGUUGGUUAUUAAUUGGUUAAUACUUAUAGGUAUACUUAUCUUUAUGCAUUUCAGACUGGUAUAAUUACUAUUAUAAUUAAUAAUACUUAAUGACAUUAAUAUACGUUUAUUUAUAAAUCAGGAUACAAAUUAAUGAAAACAAUUUAUUUAUUAAUCUAUUCAUUAAAAAAAAAAUAAUAUUAAACACAUUUUUAUUUACACCAAAAAAAUUUAAAAAAAAAUUGGAGGUCUUUUAAGAAUAUUAUUCUUCCUCAUAUGCUUCAAAAAUAUAUCUAUAUGGCACGCACAAACCAACAAUAAUAAUCCGAAUAGUUAUUAAUUGAUAACAAUAAUUACUAUUUAUUUUUCUUCUUAUUAAAUCCUUGUUAAUCGAACAACUCAUUGUUAACCAUUUUAUCGAAACCAAUACGAUAUCUUUACACAUAUAUAUUAGUUAUAAUUUACCUAUUAUAAAUAAAUGUAUAUACAAGUAAAAUUUUUUUUUUAAAUUUUAAUAUAAUAUGUAUAGGUUUAUCCUGUACGUUGUAAUAAUAUAAUAUUGAUAAUAAUAUAUAGGUAUAUUUUUAUAAUACCUACAUAUAUAUUUACUUUGAUAUUUUGUGGUUUAUUUGAAACUGCAAUGAUAUUGAUUUUUGUUAAAAGUAGAAAAGUUCAAAAGAAAAAAAAUAAGGCUCGGAAAAACAUACAUUUUGACGAAUUCGAUUUAAAUUAAUAAUAAUUGAAGUUACACCUAUCACUAGUAAAUUUUAAUAAAUAAAUUAUCUAUUUAUUAUUUGUUGGUUUUUUAGUCAAUUUGAUGGUCUUUUUAUUUAUGUACUUUUGAAAAAAAAAUCCGGUCAUGUCUGAACCCCUUUAAGCAUAUAAGUAUAUUUUUUACCAUUCUAUAAGAGAAUUUGGUUUAAUUGAAUAAUAACAAUUAUUAUUUAUCUUUUUAAUUAAACUGUAAAAUAUUUUUAGUAACUUAUAAUAAGGAUUAGGCUAGGAAUUUUUUUGGAAGGAGAGGGGCACAGACCCCAUGGACUCUUCCUGAUUACUUGUUUGAUAUGGAUAAACCUCUGAAUAAACAAUGCCUUAAUAAACGUUGAAAUACAAUUAUUUUUCAUCAUUCGCAUAUUACCUAUAUUAUUAAACGUCAUGCUUCCACGCACAUAUUAUAACGCACUGUAAAACUCGGCGACCUUGCCACCACUUUUUCCAAUAUUUACUUACUCUACCCCCCCAAUAAUCAUUAUUAUUAUGGUCGUAUGGACUUCUCGAGAGGAAACAUGUUUUGUAUAUGGUUACCGUUCAUAUGGGCAACGAUUUAUUCGACGACGGUCAAUGAGUAUUCUAUGUUUAAAUACAAAUUAACGGAAAUUUUUUCUCUAAAAAAAUAAUAAUGACUUUAAUAAAUGAUGAUUCUGGAUCUAUUCUCCAUGGUAAGUUGUAUAUUGAAUUUUAACUUUAUAUAAAAUUUACUGCACAAUGACACACCUAUACAUUUUUAGUUUUAAGCAAGCAAAACCUUAAAAUUAGCAAUUAAUGUAAUUUAUGUUAUAUUGUUAACUAUAAUAAGUAAAUAAGACUUAAAAAAAAAAUCAUAUGCAUAUAAAUAUAUAUAUAUAUAUAUAUAUAUAUAUAUUACUAUGAUAGUAUCUAUAUAAACAAAUUCGUAAGAUAAAGUAAGUAAUUCAUUAACUUAUUUAAAAAGUCAUAAAAUAGUUUAUAAAUUAAUUUUUGUACCUAAUUUAAGAUAUGAUUAGGUAUCAUAGUAAAAUACCAUAUACAAUAUACAUUGUACCAUAUACAACAUUAUUGUUAGGUUAUUCAAUUACAUUAUGUUGGCACGAGUAUUAAAAAUAUUAUUUGUUAUUCAUAUUUUUCAGAGUCAAUUAAAGUCAAAGAGAAAUCAGUAAUUCCAAUUACAGCAGAGGAAGAAUACGCAAAAAAUCCAGAAAUUUCAAAACAAAAUAUAGAAGACCUAAGAAAAUGGAUAGCCACACAACCACAUUUACCUCAAAAUGUAACAGGUGAGUCUUCCAAAAAUUUAAAAUACGAUAGUAUUUAAUUAGUUGAGUAGCAAUAAAUAAUUAUUAUUUUAAAUGCGCUUAAAUAGUUUACUACGAUUUAUAGUAAUUUACUAAAUGAAAAUAACGACCAAUAAUCUUCAAUAACUCUAUUCUGUGAUGUAGGCAUAUUACGUUUCUUACUAACCGUUUACAAAUUUGUAAUUAAAUAUUAUACCUAUUAUAAAUGUUCACUAGUAUUUUAAAAUUUGUUUUAGGCUUUCCUAUCUAUGUUUGUGUCUAAUAAAUUUAUGCUUCACAUUAUACAAAUGCAAUUUCAUUUUUUAUUACACAGGUACAAAUAUGUAUUAAGGUAUAUAAACUAAUUAUAAUUCUACAAGUAUUAUAAUAAUAUAUUGAAAUACUUACCAUUCAAAUCUAAAUUAUUUAUAAUUAUAAAUAUUUAUUUAUAGGUCUAUGGUCUAUACUCUCGUUAUUUAUUUAAUGAAUAUCCAUUAUAUCUAUUAUGUUCACUAAUGUAGUAUUUUAUUCGUUGAAUAAUUCAAUUAACAAGACUAGAAACGUAAUGAAAUUAAUUAUAAUAAAAUUAAAUAUAUACCUACUAAAAGAGCUGAUACUACUAACAGUUGCGCUACUGUGGUAGGUGGGGAGGUAGGAUACAUAUGUUUAUCUAUUUUAUUUUUAUAAGCAACGAUAAAUUAUUGCUAACGAAAAACGAUUCUGAGUGUGGUUCGUUUACACAUGAUUUGAAAGACGCUAAUAUUUACGAUUUUUAUUGAAAUUUGAUCUAAAAACCAAUACAAAAAAAAAUAUUACAAGAUACUAUUUUUUAUUUGAUUUGAUUACUAAUAGUACAUUAUUUAUUACGAACUUCCUGUUAAAUUGCAAUAAUUUCUGUUAGAUCAAACAAUUAUACCUACAUAGCAUCAACCAGAUAUAAAAACUUUGUAAAAAACUGGCAAACAUAAAAGAACUAUGAAUAGCUUAAAAAUAGUCAAAAUAUUUUGAAAAUACUACCACUUUAAAAGCAAGAAAUUAUUAGUUUUCUGUAAAAUAACAAGUUUCUAUGAAUAUUUUUAACUAAAUUACAACAAAAAGAAAAAAUUAAAAUUAAUGAAAUCAUUAAUUCCGUAAACUUUCCCGUGUGUUGUACAUUUUUUCCAGUUUUGUUUAAUUAUUGAGAGAACUACAAGGAACAUUAAAAAACGUUUUACCUAUUCACUAACUAGAUCCAAAAUUGAACAAAAAAAGGUAUUUUUUAGUUUUUUGAUUAAAGUAAGAUUUCUUGUAGAAAAAUUGCUCAUAAACUAAAUAAAACACAUCAUAGUAAAACCACUAGCUCCCUCAUUUGCUCCGAAUUUAAAACAAAAACAACAAAAAUCUAAAAAAAAUAUGUAUCAAAUUUUUCAAUUUUUAAAAAUUAAAAUUCAUUUAAGUAUAACAAAUUGCCACGCAGGGAUUACUAAUACAACUCUAAAAAUGCGCAUAGGUAGCGAAACCAUUGUAAAGGAAUUAUAAGGGAUCCAUAUUAUGUAAGAUUUUAAAAAUUUAACUAAUUGUACCGAAAAAAAUAUUACUGUUAAAAAGAAUAUGAUAUAAUAUGCUUACGACAUAAUAUUUUAUACAUUUAUUAAUUCGUAUUAAAUGUGUUUACUACAAAUACCAAAAAAGAAACAAUUUGAAUGAGUUUUUAAUAGUUUUUACAUAUAUGUAUAUUGCUUUCUGUCAGAAAAUUCCUGAAUCAAAUUCAAGGUCAUCCGUUCAAAACACCUGCUUUAUUAUUAAUUUUUUUAUUAACUGAAUAUUUUUAAAAAAUUGUAUGUUAACCUAUGACAAAUUAAUAAAUUAUAAGUAAACAACCUGUAAAUACAGGAAAUGUACCUUCAAUUGAGUUAUAAAGUUACUAGUGAUAAAAUAAUAUAGAUACGUACCUAAAUACGUUGAUUAGUUGAUCACCUUUAAUAAUUUUAUAAAUUUAUCAUAAAAUUGCUUAUUAUAGCAAUAAUGAUAAUAAUAUAACUGCUUAUUAUAUGCUAUUAUAUCAAGGUAUUAUGGAUUUUUCUGAAUUAAUAAACUUCUAAAUCAGGUUUUUUUUAAAUAUACAAAUGAGCCACAUAAAAGUUUAAAAUUUAUCUAUUAGUACCUACCUAAGCAUAAUUAUUAUUGUGUGUUAUAUUAUAUUAUAUUUUAUAUUACAUUAUAUAAACAAUUUUUUAUUAUUUUAUUUUUACAUGCUACAACCAUUCUACAUUGUCCAACAAAACUUCAAAUAAACCUAUUAUUUUACCAAAUAGAAAUACUAGGUAUUUUAAUUUAAUUUUUAAUUUUUAAAUUUGAAAACCACAGUCGUAUUUUUUUUUUAAUUUUUAGAAGGGGCUUAAAUAUAUUUGGUGUAUAUAGAUUUAUUAUUUGGCAAGUUUUUCUAAAGUAUUAUAUUGUUUAUAAAUUUAUAAUAAUCCAAUAUGCAGUAUGAUGAACGAUAUAGGUAAGUACCUAGUUAAUUUAGUGUUAUUAAUUGUAAUCAGACAAUAAAUUUAUGAUUUGAUCAAUUAUUACAACAUACCAAUACCAAGUUUAAUUUCAAAGUACAUAUUAUUAUAGUAUCGACCUAUAAUAUGUGUAAUUAAUCAAUAUUAAAACAUAAAUUAUAUUAACACUUAAAAAAAAAACACUUAAUAACACUUUAUAAAAACUGUCAUUAAAAAAAAAAAACCUUGCAUUAUUUAAUAUAAAUAAUAUAAUAUAAUAAUAUAAUCUUAAUAUGUCAAUGUUUAACUAUGGGGGGGGGGGGCGCUAUAAUACAAAACUGAUGUUAUAAAUUAAUAGAAUAUGUUGAUAUCAAAUUAUUUACAUAAAAGAUUUGUUUACUAUCGCAUAAAUAAUUGAAGCAUUAUAUAUGUUAUUGUUUAUUAGUAUGAUGACCAUUGACCACACAAAGAUAACAUCGAUCUUUAUAACAUCGUAAAUUAUAAAAUGGAAAUUCUAGGUAUUAGUAAUUUUAUUUGUUGGUAUAUUGUGUUUAUGGUAAUGUUUUUAGAAGAAAAUGAUUUUAAAAUUUCAUAUGCAAAUUAAUAAGUUGAAAAUAACAUGGACACACAUGGUACCUAUAUUAUCGGCUAUGUUAGAGUAGUCACUAAUAAUUAAUAGUAUAUUUUUUUUUUUUCUAAGAGUUUAUUUAGAACAAUUACAAUUUAUGACAAAAUAAAUAUUUGAGUUACCUACGUUCUACUUCAAACAAUCAAUAGUUGAAAUUAAGUCUUAAAUAAUUAGGAACUUGCAAUAAAGCUUAUACUAUUUUAUUAAAACAUAUCUUGCACUCAAAACUGUCACUUACCUCUAUCCUAGACUUCAGUUAAAUUUGAGAUGUUAUAUUGUUUGGAAGUGUUUGUAACUAUCAUGUGAAAUUAAUGAUGAGGCAAUCAAAUGUUGUCAUGUAAUUGUUUAAGGCGUGCAACCUUUUUAGAUCCACAAUUUAUUUAUUUUGAUUAGGUGAUCUCUAAUUAUUAAUAUUACAUAAGUAUAGUAUAUAUACAAUAUUUAUAUUCGUAUAAAUAAAAUUUUUAAUUUUAGACAAUUUAACAUUUAUUUGAUAUAAUUAUUCCAAAAUAUCAAUAAUCAUAAAAUCUAAAAUUGGAUAAUAUAGAAUAAUAUAUGUAUACUCGUAUAGUAGGUAUAUAAUUUAAACUAAAAUAUUAAUUUUGUGUUAAAUUACUGAAAGCUAUUAAAAUUUCGUGACUCCCAGGUUACACAAUGUACACCAGUGGUUUAAGGUUCUACUUACUCAUAAUAUACUCAAUUAUAAAAUUAAGAAUAAAAUAUUUAUUAAAAUAGAUAUAUUUAUACACAAUAAGUCCCCAUCUACAUAAAUUAUGUUACGUAGGAAUAUAUAUAUAUAUAAUAUAAAUAUAUAUAUAUAUAUUAUAUAUCAGGAGGGUAUUCCUAAUAUAUGAGUCAUUUGUGUAUGUAUUGUGUAGUAAAUUUAUUAACCCCAUAAUUUGUGCACGUACUAGAGCCAAUAUUAAGAUAUUUUUUAAACUUUCUAAAAUGAUUUGCCAAUGUUAUAUUAUGUCUUCGUCAAUUCAGACAUAAUAAUUAACCCGGGAUGUAUGUAGGUACCUAUUCAUGAAUAUAAUAAUAGGUCAAUAGAUGUAGGCAAGUAAUAGUAUAAGCAUACAUUAUAUGCUUAUACAACAUGUAUGCCAUAUAUAUUUUCAGCAUGGGCGUUACAAGCAUUAUUUUUUAUAUAUAUAUAUACAUAUGUAUAGAAGGGGUAGCCAAUAUAUUUUUGAUGUUAUGUAAACUUAAAUCCACUCUUAAAAAGAUACGGACAUACUUCAUUGGGCACUGUUGUAGGUGAAAAGUUUGAAAUGUAGAGGGGAAAUUUAAUGUAUAUACAUGUACGUAACGAUUAAUCAUUGCUAACAAAAAACGAUUCUGAAUGGAGUUUGUUUAAUAGUGUUGUAUAUAAUAUAUAUAUAUAUAUAUAUAUAUAUAUGUUAUAUUAUGGUAAAAUAAUUAAAAAUGCAUUAUAUAUUUUCCUAAAUAAUAUUUGUUUAAUAUUGUACCUAUUUCCUCGUUUUUCCCAUGUUUUUCCUCGGUUUUUCUCAUUUAUUGGGAAAACUCCUGGAGAAAUCAAAAAAUAACUUCAUUCGAGUACCACCCCAGUCAGAUUUAUUUUCGGAAAUAGUGCUAUAAUUGAAAAUUGGAGUAAAAUUGCAAGUAGAUAAAUUGUUCACAAUAAAAAAAAAAUAAAUAUCAUUGUAAAACCAAUACAUUCCUCGGUCCACUCAGAAUCUAAAGUAUAAAAAAUAAUAUCUAUAAUAUCUAUUCUAAUAUUAUAGAGGGAUGACCGGUGUGCCACUCUUGUAGGUGAGAACGUAUAGCAAAUAUAAUUUUCAUAUUUUAUAGUUCAUUUAUAUUCCAUAGUAUAUUUAGUAGAUAUCUCUAACUACAUACUUGUACGUGUCUAUAAAUGUCAAAAGUAUAAUAUGUUUUUAUUGUAAAGUUGUUUUUAAUGAAAAACACGGACUUGGGGGAAGCUCCCAACCUAACCUUAUGGGCAAUUUAUAAACUGAGGAAAAAUAGGACGUGAAUGUAUUGGUCGGCUAUAUACCUAUUACCUAUGCAAAUUUCUCAAUUUCAAAGUUAUUUUUGGAUCUUAUUUUCCUCUCAAAGUUAUACAUAAAUAUCAAAAAGAUUAAGGGACAAAACUAAGUUGCAUUUGUUUUGAGACCAGGAAGUCAUUAUAUAGGCGCUUUGACUCUACUUUACAUUGAACACGUAAAAGGGAAAAUUUAAAGUACCUAUUCAGACUGUCUUAUAUAAUUUGUGAGUAAAUUUUUUUCUUAGUUAAAAGGCUUUUUAAUUCUCAUGAUACCCGUGGUGGAAAAGUAAAAGCAUAGUAAGUUCAUGAUAGCACUUAAUUAUGGAUCUUCUCCAAAAAUUUUAUUUGUAAAAAGUCAGUAUAUUUCUCAGCUGACAUGGACCUCAUAUUAGUAUUCAAGUUAUGAGAUUUAAAUCGUUAAAACCAGAAUUUAAAACUGCUUUUUUGUCACCAAAACUUAUUUGACGGAUAGGAGUUUCAAUGAAAUCAGGUUAUAGGUUAACCUAUAAGUACACCUAAAAAUGUCAUAUUCUUUUGAGUCCAACUUAACGUUUGCGAAAUCACUUGAUAAUUUAGAUAAUUUGGUUUACGUAAACUUCGUAUAUUUUGGUAGUAGAUUUCAAGACAAAAUGGAGAGUUAAUAUUUAACAUAGGACUACUAUUAUAUACGUUAUUAGAAGAAUAAGCCAUAGGUAUUGCAUUUAAAUAUAUAACACUCAGACAAAAAAACUUUUAAAAGUAGCCUUAUUACUGUAAGUUAUCACUAUUGCAAUACAAACUAUAAACAAUUCUUUAAAAAAAAAAAAAAAAUAUGUUCAGGUAAAUCCAAAGAAGAUGAUUGUAUUAUGGUAUAUGGUAUUAUAAAUUAAAAUGAUAUUAUAAAUAAAUAAUGUUAUUUAUUAUACAUAUUAUUUUUAGAGGAAAUGCUGAUAUUAUUUUACCACAGUUGCUAUUUUCAAAUGGAACAAACAAAAAGUUGCAUAGAAAUAUACUAUACGCUUAAAGCAGAUACGCCUGAAUUUUUUGAAAAUCGAGACACUUCAAGACCAGAGAUAAUAAAUGCUCUCAACACUUUGUAAGUAAAAAAUAGUUUUAUUCUAUAGGUACGAAAAACUAUUGAAUUAUUUAUGUACUGAUUUAAUAUAUUGCCUAUAUUUUAUAAUUGACUAUUGUUCUCUAUGGUUGAAGGAUAUAUAAUUAUUUUUCUUGAGUAUGCUGUUGUUUUAUUUUUAAAAAUUUUUUUUUAUCAUAUCAGUCAUAUCUCUUUUAAAAAUUACCGAAAAAUUACUAAAAAAGUACCGAAACAAUAGCGCCAACGCCGUCAACAACUUCCUCUAAUAUCAAAACCAAUAUCACAAUGAUGUCCCAAUAAAUGAAAAUCUGCUGUAUCGUACGUUUGUAAGACGGAGACAACACAUUGGGGUAUUACGCCCUCUUAAUAUCUAACUAUAUUUUAUUUGUAUUCAGUGUUUUCACAAAAACUGGUAUUUUUUGUAUUUAUCAAAUAUAUAACCCAUUAGCUGUGAGUAAUAUUUUAUAAUAUGUUACUAAUUCAAUUCUAAGCAUAGCAAGGAAUGUAUUCAUUUUACUGUGAUGUGUGCUUUUUUUAUUUCUGCCUAUGAACAACUUUUCUAUUAAAAAUUAAAAAUCAAAAAAUUAUUUUCUGUAUUUGAAUUUUUUUGUGGUAUUUCGUAUCAAGUUGAUGCAUUGAAGAGGUCAUUAUUUUGAUUUACUAAGUGGCUUUCAUAGUUAUUUAGGAAAACCCGGAAAAAACCUUAUUUAUGACAAACUAAUUUGAUUAUAUUUAAAUUGAUCGAUUUUGUUUUUUUACAAGAAAUCUUGUACCAAAAUUUUGUAUAGAUUUAUAGAAGUAGGUUUUUGAUUUUUUGUGUAAUUUUCUUAAUAAUUGAGAAAAACAGUAAAGUUUGUAGUUAAAGUAGUAACGGUUUCAUUAUUUUUGAUUUAAAUUUUUUAUUGUAAUUUAGUUUAAAAUAAUCAUUAGGAUCUGAAAUAUUUAAAGAAUACUUUUAUUAAAGUAUAUUAAAAUAAAUAAAUAAAUCUGACUUAAGUGGUACUUUAAGGAGAUCACUUUUUUGAUUAAUGGGAAAAAUCGAGAAAAUAUAUACAAUAUUAAAAAAUGAUUAUUAAGGAAAAUACAUAAUGCAUACGUAAUUAUUUUACCAUAAUAUGACAUAUAUAAUAUAUAUUCUUCAAAAAGCCACACUAUUAACCGAACUCCACUCAGAAUCGUUUUUCGUUAGCAAUGGUUAAUCGUUGCAUAUAGGUAUACAUUCAAUUUUCCUUCUACAUUCCUAACUUCCACCUACAACAGUAGCCCACCCAUCAUGCGAAGUAUUUCCGCAUCUUUUUUUUUACUUUGACUACCUUUUAAAUAAGUCCGUGGUCCGUACAACGUGUUAAAAAGGUAUGUUAUUUUUCUUGUCAAACAAUAAUGUAAAUGAAAGGUCUUGUUUUAUAAUAGGUCAUAAAUUAAAAUCCAUUAAUUAUGUUAAUUGUCCGUAGACAAAUAAAAAAAAAUACAGAAGUAACAAAUUAACAAAUAAUAUUAAGAAUUAUAUAUACAUAGUGAUUUUUUAAUAUGAAACACCAAUAAAAUUGGUGGUUAAGUUGGAGAUUUUAAGCGAAUUUGUAUUAUAUACGAUUUAUAUAUAAUUGUUUUAAUCAUUAUUAAAUCUAUUUUAUCAUUAAAAAUAGACGUGCUAUUUAUUACUCCUCCAGUCUAAACCUAAAACGAUUAUAACUCAUAAACAGUAAAUCUGAUAGUGUUUUACAAAUUAAAGUUCUAAAAAAUAUUUUCUAUUUGAAUCUGUGUUUGAAAAAAGGGGGUUUCUAUUUGAAAAACAGAGGUUUAUAUUUAUUUAAGGUAUAUAGAGUAGGGGUAAAAAAUUAAAAAUGGUUUUAAAAUAAAGUUUAAACAGUUUUAACAGUAAAAACCUUUGUCUUGUUGGAGCAUUAGGACUUCGUUUUUUGAUUUUUCUUAGUUUCCAUAAUUAUUAUGAAACACUAGGAAAAAACGUAUACAAAUUAGUAAAGUUUACGACAAUAUAGGCUCCAUUAUUUUCGAUUUAGUUUUUUUGUUGUAAUCGUGCUUAUAAUAAUUGUAGUGACCGGAAUUGUUUACAAAAUAAUUAUACAAGUCUUUUCUAAACAUUCUGGCGAUGUUCAGGUUAUUUAUAAACAUUUUACAUUUUCUAGCUGUUUUAGUUUUUAGUUGAUUUUGUCCACACAAAAUUGUUUUGGUUACACAGAAAUACUUAAAAAUUGUAUACAAUAAUAAUUCAUAAACUAUACUUAGUGGUAAAAUAAAAGCGUUAGUCGUUUAUUAUUUUGUUAUUAAUUUAUUAUUUCUUGCAUAAUUCGUAAGUUUUGGAAUAAUUUUUUAGAGUGAUAUAAAAUUUUAUUUUAAUAUGGGACCUAUGGUUUUAAUGAAAAUAAUAAAUGCGAACAUAAAAUUUAAAAUUAUGUUAUUAUAGAUUUUAUUAAUAUUAAUUUUUAUAUUUCAUUUAAUAUUGGAUUAAAUAAAAUAAUUACUUUUCGAUUAAAUUUGACUCCUAUUGGAAUUUAUUUAAAAAAUUAUUAGUUUCUAUGAUAAUAUUUUAUUAGGUUUAUAACAUGACACAAGUUUUAAUCCAAUGUUUGUUCUAUUAAAAAUAUUUUAAUUUAUGGCUAUCGUAUACAUUAUGGCGUAUGAAUGGGUAAGUACCCUUUUAAACCAGUAGCGUCAUUUGGGGGGGGGGUCAGAGGAACCAUUGGUUCUACCCCUUUUUUAUCAUCUGGCCACUAUCGGGCCGGAUAUGAGCUGGUGUUGGGCUAGUUUUAUGCCGCAAGCCUGCAAAUUUGAUUCAUUUUAUUAUGUUUUAUGAUUUAUGUUUCAUACGGCCAUUUUUGGUUUAUUUGCAAAUUACUUAUAGAUGUGAACGGAGCGAGGAAUGUAUUUAUGUUAGAGUGAUGUUUAUUUAAACUUUUUUUCUAUGAAUAACUUUGUACCAGCAAUUUUGCUCUGAUUUUCAAGUGGUGCUUUUUCUGAAAGGAAAUUUUUAUAGAACGGUAUAUUAAAUAAAAGGUGAUUUUUUGAUUUUCCUGAGGGUUUUCAUAAUAAUUGGGAAAAACCUCAAAAAAAUGUAGGAAAAUCGGGAAAAUGUGCGAAAUGUAUUAUUUUCAAAUUGUUAAUAUUAUGGUCUUUCAAAGUAUGUAUAACUGAACUCCGCUCAGAAUAGUUAUUUGUUAGCAAUGAUUAAUCGUUGCGUACAGAUAUACAUUAAAUUUUGCCUCUACCUUCCCAACUUUACGCCUACAACAAUGGUCCAUUCAUCAUGCGAAGUAUAUCCGUUUGUUUUUUUUUUUUAUUGUGCUUUUUGUUACUUACAACUGGUUGCACUUUAGUUCAAAUUACAGGGCUGUUAUAAGAGUCAAUAUAAAUUUUUGAAGAGUGUCCAUUCUGAUUUAUUAUAUUCUACGAUUAUACUAAUUUUUAUGGUGAUAUGAUUAUAUUUUUUGAAAAAAACAAAUAUACUCCAUACAUAUUAGAGCAAAUAGAACAAACAUAGUCAAAUCCCCUCAAACUAAGUAUUCAUGUAGUAGUUAAUAUAUUAGCUACUUUAUAAUACCGAUGUAAUUGAUCAAUUUACAUCUAUUCAUAAAUACCGACGAAAUUUUUAAUAAUUUAUACCUAUGACUUAUAAGUUAUAGUAAGUUAUAAUAUAGCUUUUAAAUAUGUAACUAAAUAUAAUUAAUAACAUAACUUUUUUAAUAUUAUUGUUAUAAUCAUGCGUCUUUAGAUACCUAUAUUAAUAAAGGUAUCUAUAGGGUAGCAACUUCUAUUAAUUAUGUAUUUUUAAAUUCUAAGUGUAUGAGCGAUCUAUUGGUUUUACGUUUUUUUUUUUGUCUAUAAAUAAUAUUCAAAACAUGUUUAAAAUAUCAAUCGCGGUAACCACAUUUUUAAAUUCUUAUUACAAUUUAACGAUUUAUAUGAAUUUUCAGUCAAUUUUUAUAUUUUAAUUGAUAAAAAUGUAUAUUUACAGAUAUUUUGGUUGCUCAUCGAUUCGUAAUCCGGAAAAUUACCAAAUUAUUUACCACAGAUUACGAAUUUUCGAAGCUAACAAAUAUGUGUUUAACGAUGGUGUAAAAUUAUUAAUUAUGGCAAUGGAUGCUUGUUUCAAGGUAGACGGUACUUGCCCUGGGUUUAUAUUCGUAUUUGAUAUGAGAGGUGUUCGACUGGGUCAUCUCACCAGACUUGGAAUAUCGUCAUUGAGAAAAUUCUUUACGUUUAUACAAGUAUAUACGCAUUUUAAUAAUUUAAUUUGUAAAUAGAUGUAUUGUGUAAAUAAUAACAUAUUAUAUUUAAAUAUUUUUUUUUUUAUAUAAUAUGGAAAGUAUUUUUCAGUAAUUAUUAUUUAAGCGUACUCAAUUUAAGAAUUUUUUUGAUUUAUGAACUCAUACAGUAUUGUAAAAUGUAUAAAUUAAUUUUGACUGAAACCUAUUAAAUAUGUACGAACUUAUAACGUUUAUAAUAUUUAAGUAUAGAUUUUCAAAACAUUGAAUUAAAAUUUUAAAUGAAUUCAAACAUAAUCACACCGUCAUUCAAUUUUUGAAUAGGGUGACAAACAUUUGAAAUAGGUUGAUUUUCCCUUCACCAAAUCAUCACCAUUAAUUUAUAUUAAACUUGUGUUGUGAGAGUUAAUAUAGCAACAAAGUAAAUAUAUAUACAUCCACAAAAUUUGCAAGUUAUUCCGCUUCAUUGAAGUAAUACACAUAACAAUAUUUCAUUAUUAAUUACUCUUGCCCAUUAUAGGAUAAAAUUAUACAAAUUUGAAAAGGUCUGACCAAAACAGAAAAUCUGAUAUCUACAAUGAUGAUAAUUACAACAUGGUGUAAAACUAUACGUCAUGAUAAUAAUAGGUACUUUCGAGGCUAAAUUUAUAUUUUGAUAAACAUUCAUCAAUUGAUGCAUACUGAGUUUGAUUUGGAUUUUGUUUCAUUUUGAUAUGGCUUUUCUUAUGUAAUGGUUCAGAUCCUAUUUAAACAUUAGAUAACAGCGGGUUUAGGUUAGGUUUUCCUGCAAUACAAUUGUAUAAAACAGAACAUGGUUAUACCUAUUGCUUCUAAACAUUAUAACGUCCUUGAUUAUGAAAUACUAACCAAGACAUCAAGUUUAAUAUUAAGUGAGAAAUUAUAUAAAUUUAAAAAUAUUUUUUCUAGAACAAAACGGUUUAGAUAUUUUAUCAAAAAAUAUUUGUAUUGAGUAAUUUGUUCAAAUUAAUUAAGUUAAAAGAAAAAUAGUUUUAUAUAAUUAAUUAUUUAUAAUGAUUUAUCUUACUAUUUUAUAAAAUAUGAACAUAUAGAUAUUUUGCAGGAUGGUUUACCCGUUCGUCUUAAGGGAAUACAUGUCCUCAAUACUCAUUCACUUAUUGACAAAAUUAUGAUGUUGGUUAAACCGUUCAUAAAAAAGGAGUUGCUGAGUUUGGUAAAUAUUAAUUUAUUAUUUUCGCUAUAUAUUUUUAAUUAACUAUAUGUCUCUAUCUGCUAUAAAAUUGACCGAAAGCCAAUGCAAUUUAACCAUAAACAAUAAUUGCAUUGAAUUGAAGUGAAUUCAAUUUGAUUAAAAAUAUAAGUAAUAAUUUCUACUAAUAUAUUGUUAUGCGUAUUAAAUUAUAGGAGGCAAAUUAUUAAACCAAUCAGUAAGUUUGAAAUUGACUCGUGCUUUCAUAUAAAUCUUACACUUAGGUACUUAAAACCACCUACAUAGAUGAGCACCGGUCGAUCGAAAUUCCUUAUCUCGACAAAAACCUGUAUAAUAUAAUAUAUUGAUAUACUAUAUAUUAUAUUAUUACAUUAAGUAUAUUGUAUAUUAUAAUAUACUUAUCAAUAUCGUUUCAGAUUCGUUUUCACACAGAAAGCGACCAAGAGAACAUUUACGAAGCGGUAUCGAAAUUGAGUUUACCCGAAGACUACGGUGGUCAGGGGCCAUCCAUCGAAAAAUUACACGGUACGUACGCAAACUAUAACGUAUUUAGGUUACUAACACGCUCUGUUUUUCGUGCGGUAUGUCCGGGUAUAUCCUCUGUUACCAUGAUAAUUAUUGUACGUUCUACGGCCGUACAUACACGAUUUUACGCCACUAUUAUCGCUACUUAUUCUUGACGAGAUGCAUACACGCAUUACGAAAAUUUUAUUACGGUCGACUGCGCACCGAUAAUAAGCAAACAGCUUUAAGAGUUACGACUAAUGGAAAAUAGAAAAAUUGUUAUUAGGUAAGAAUGCGUUAUUAACACAAACAGAAGAGUAGAGCUUAUGGGGAUUUUUAAGUUCCUAUAAUAUAUAAUCAAUAAUAUGGGGACUCAAGCGCCCACCCCUCAAAAAUAAAUAUGUAGGCUGUUUGAACUUAUAUAUCUUAUAGGGCAGUGAUUUUCAACCUUUUACGAAUAGCGACAACCUAUUUUUUUUUUUAUUUAAAAUGACCUCUUCAAAUAUCGUUUACUAGAACUUGAAUAAUACGGUGUACAGUAUACACGAUGCUUAUGGUUUUUAGUGACCUCCAGAUUGAAAACUACUGCUAUAGAGGAUGCAUAUACAUUACAAAUUUAUGUAAUCAAAACAAAACGUUUUUCACUAUUGUAUUGUAUUGCAAUGAUUGAAUUUGGCUAGUAUUGCAGUUAGACAUGUUCUCCAUCGACUAUGCAAGGUUAGGUUGGCUCCAAACCAAUUUAUAAUUUAUUGAAUCUGUUCCUUAUAUUAUAAUCAAGAAAUAAUAUUUUUCAAAUAUUGGUCCUCAAAAUAUAUAAUAUAAUAACAAAGCUACAAAUUUAAUAAUUUAAAUUAAUUUUUAAUAUUUAUUAAUUUAUAUACUUAUAAGUGACUUGUAUACAAUUGUAUGCGAUUCCACUUUUAGUUAUAUAUUUAAAAAAUUAUGAUUUUGAAAAUAUAAUAUUGCGUACCUAAUAAUAGAAUUUUUAUAAUCAAUAUAUUAUUUACGAAAUAAAUAUUGUGAGUACUAAUUUAAGAAUGAAAUCUUGGGGGGUAAUUCAAUAGUACUCGUAUAUUCAAAUAAUUUUUUUUUACUGUCCCUACAUUACUUAUUAUUUUCGUAGUUCGUCGGAAACUCGUUAUUUCGUAAUGUAUACAUUUCAACUUUCAUGGUUCAUGUAGAAACUAUUUAAUGAAAAUAGUAUUACUCGUACGUGUUUCGUAAUUUAAAUGGUAAACUCACGUUUUUUGUUUGUUUUUUCACAUUAUAACGGUUUUUUAGCAAAUACCAUAGCAUAAUAAUAUAGAUACUACGACGUUUUGUGUUUCGUCGAAAGGCAUGUUGGUGACUAACCAUGUAUUCCAACAAAUCGUUUUGUAUUGCACGAUUGUUUAUCGAAAUGAUGAUUGAUAUCUUUAUUUUUUCGUUUUAAUUUGUUCGAGUUUUCGUGAUGAACUUCAAUGGUGAUAAGAUUAAAUUUUUCAAACUUUCGUCAAUAUCAAUUGUUUUGUAAUAUUCCAAGAAUUAGUAAUUAGUAUGAGUUAAUAGGUCAUUCAUUUAUUUAAAAUUAAAAUAAUUGUAGUCACCAAAAAUGCUCAACAAACUAUACCCAUCCUACCUUAAUUAAACUAAAAAUUGUUUAAAUACUCGAACUGGCAACCGCCCAUGACCAUGGUCUAAAUAUAUUUUAAUUUUUUCUCAUAAUAAUUUCAAGUGGUAUAUAAAUAUUAUCGUUUAAUAUGUUAAUACAACAUAAUUAUUAAUAAAAAGUUUUACGUGACUACCUGCUUAUUGUUUGUAAAAAUAUAGUCUUUCAAAACUUAACUUUCUUCCUCUCAUUUUGUAUACACUAUGUAUACACACAACACACAUCACAUUACGUACCUGCAUCGCAUAGUCACGAGUUGAUACGAUAGCACUAAGUCACACACGAAUUUGACCCGAUGCAGGAAAUAACAAUGGAAAUUUGCAAUUUACAGUCUAUUCUAAUUUUGAAUUAAUUCGGUAGUUAUAGGUUCACCUUAUUAUCAUCUUUUUGUAGUUUUGUCAAGUACGCUCAGAUGUAUUUUGAUAAUCGUUGGUAUUCGAGAUGUAGGUACCUAUUUUUUUUUUCUGAGUAGACGUUUAUUUAUUUUAUUCUCGUUUUUCUAAAAAAUAAUAUGUAUUAUUUUAAAUUAACUAUACACGAUGUGUAUAGUUACUAAAUACACGAUUACUUACUCAAUACUGUGACGCUUUGCAAAUAUUUUUUUUUCUAGUUUUGUUUUGAAAAUUGUUUAAGUAAAAAUAAAUAUCGAAUUUAUAAACUAACCAGAAAGCCCUUGGGUAUAAAUUAAUAUUGCAUACAACGAUAUAGAAAGUAUUUAUAACUGUAAAUUUUGUUGUAUAUUCGAAUAAAUGCUAAUGAAAUAAAUAUUGGUUACAUGAAUACUGAUUGAAUAUUUCUGUUUUGAUAUGAUGAAAUCGGUAUUCUUAUAAAUUUGUAUUAUACAGUUCACUUUUCCGAUUGGAUGAAAUUAAUGAGACCGGUGUUCGAAAACGAUUAUCAAUACAAAGCUGAUGAAUCGAAGCGGUUGAAAAAGUCCAAGAAAAGCUUGUCCACGUCGUUCAAAUCAUUGGAACUUGAUUGAUUGUAAUUCUUUUUACCAUCAUAAAUCUUCCACUCUACAAAACAAAAUGGAUAAAAUAUAAUAAUAUUAAUUUAUGGGCUGCGGGUAGAUAAAAUAAAAUCAAAUUUGUUAUUUAUUUUAUUUGAAGAAAAAAAUGUAUUCUUUAUUGAUAAGAUAUAACCUGAUAAAAACUACUAUGAAGUGAAUUCACCAUAUCAGACAUUAUAAAUUAAUUAUGUAAUGUAUAUAAGAAUAUAAUAUUAUAUAGGUAUACUUUAUGUUAAAGCCGGAAAUGUCCUUUACAGUACAUUUAAUUUAUCAUAAUAAUAAUAUAUUCAGUGGCUUAAGUGCGUUUAUUUUUAGGAGAGGAGGAAGUUUUUUUAUAAUUAAUGUAUAAUUUUAAAAGUAAAUCGACAAUGGAAAAUAAUUAUAAUUAUUAGUUAAUUAUAAUAAGUACCUUUUGCGUUUUAUAAAAUAAAACCUGCUCUCAUUUUUGUAUUAUUGCUGAACUUUUAGUUACCUAGUAAUUUUAAUCUUUAUUCUUUAAUCAAGGCAUUUUAUUUUCACCCCAAAUGAUGGGUUACCAAGGGCCAUCAUUGUCUGUAGUGCUUAUUAUGAGUAGUAGUAGUAGUAGUAAGAGAGGUAUAGAUUAGGUCCUAUAUCUACGCCAUUGAAUAUAUUAUUAGUUGAGUUAUAAAUAUUUUAUUUAACUGUGGUGUAUCUACCUAAUUUUAAGUAAAUCAUUAUUGUAUUUUUUUUUUGUUAAUUGAAAUUUAAGUAUGAAUGUACUCAAAAUUGUUGAUUACUGUUUUAUUUAUAUAUAUUGAUAUUAUGUAUACACAUUAAAUAUAUAUAUAUAUUUGAAUAAAUAUGUUUUGUUAAAAUAUUAUAUUUCUGUAAAUGUAGAAAAAUAUGAUAUGAACUGAAAUUAAUUUUAACCAAAUUUCUAGACUGGUUUUUGGGACAGUAAAUUACUAUACUAAGUAGUAAAGUGAGUUACACACCUACACAUAAUCUAAGUUACAAGGGAAUGUUUUAAAUUGUAAUACAAAUUCUAAAAAUACUUAUUAGAUACAUAGAAUUUGUAAAAAAACUUCAAGGGCAAAAUUAUAACCUAUAAUCCUCUCCUGGUUGUACCACUAAUUUCAAACAAAAUUAUAAUCAACUAUAUUUUAAGUAUGCAGAAAUAUAUAGUAUUAUAAAACAAUUUUUUUUUUUAAGUCUAAGCCAGAAUCAACUUAUUAUUUCUUUAUAAUUUAUUUUAUUUUAUUUUUACAAUCAGUAUCUAAUGUUAUUAGUCCAACUUUAUGUUAGGUAAAGUUGACAGGACCGUAAUUUUUCUUUUAUCAUGUUUGUGUAUAAAUAAUUAAGUUUAAUUGCAUAGGUACACGUUUAUUUUUAUAUAUACUUAUAUCUAGC